AUGACCUCAUCCACUGCACAUGAGAUUCACCACAACAGUGGUGAGGCGACUUCGCGCUGGAAAGACUUCGCCAAGCGCCUGGAGUGCCCCGUCGAUGAGGAUGGAGGGUAUGUCAACGAUCGGUGGACGAACCGAGACCUCAUCCCGAUCCCACCGGACCGGAGAACAUACAAGAUCUGGUCAUUUGUCAUCUACUGGUUCGUUUCGGGCGCCUGUAUCAGCGCAUACUCGACAGGCUCGAGUCUGCUCGCAUACGGCCUCACAGCGCAGCAGACAAUGGCAUGCGUUGUCACGGGUGCCAUAAUUACUGGUAUGCUGUCGGUCGUCUCCGGAACUCCUGGGGAAGUCCACCACAUCGGAUUCACAGUCGUCUCGCGCAUCACAUGGGGCCUGCGUGGUGGUUACUUUCCGGUUAUCCUGCGUACAUUCACUUCCAUUUGGUGGUUCGGCAUCCAGUCCUACUGGGGCGGCAUGGCUGUGGCGCUCGUCCUUGGCGGUCUGUCUCCUUCCUUCAAGCACAUGCGCAACACAAUUCCAGAAAGCUCACAUAUCACAAUACAAAACCUCAUCGGGGUCAUCAUCUGGUACAUUCUUUACAUUCCCCUUCUGCUCGUACCACCGGAGCGCUUGCAGCGGCCGUUUGUCGUGUCGUCCAUCGCGUUCGCAGCCACCCUCAUCGGCCUUCUCGCUUGGGCUGUCCCUAAGGCCGGUGGCGGCGGCCCGCUGUUCCGAACUGAGAAUACCGCUUCCAGCACACCCUACUCGAUGAUGCUCGGUAUCACCUCAAUCCUGUCCUCGUGGGGGGCUGGCACUAUCGGGCAGAGCGACUGGGUCCGCUACUCACAGCGCCGCUAUUAUCCGAUGCUUUCGCAAUUGGUUGCUGCUCCCCUCAUGAUAACUAUGUGCGCACUCGUCGGUGUCGUUGUUACUUCUGCCAGCUAUCAAAUCCUCGGCACCCUGUACUGGUCGCCGAUUGAGCUUCUGGGCGCGAUACAGGAGCACUACAACUCGUCGCCGGGGGUGCGCGCCGCGGUCGUGUUCGCCGGCAUCGGCUGCACGUGUGCCCAGCUAUCUAUCAAUGUCCUCUUAAACUCGGUCUCGACCGGCAUGGACAUGGCCGGCUUGUGGCCGAAAUACAUCAAUAUCCGGCGCGGCGCCUACAUCCUGGCUGCACUCGGCCUCGCCUCCAACCCAUGGCAAAUUCUCGCCUCGGCCUCGACGUUCCUCAGCGUCAUCUCCUUCCUGGGCGUGUUCACCGCACCCAUGACAGGUCUCUUGCUCGCCGACUACCUAGUCGUGCGGCGGCACCGUGUCAAAAUUCCCGACCUGUACAACGGCACGCCGUCCAGCAUCUACUGGUACUGGCGUGGUCUUCAUUGGCGGGCCCUUGUGGCCUUUGUUGGGACCGUGUGGAUAUUCUGGCCGGGAUUCAUCAUGACAAUGAAGAACCCCAAGGCUAGUAACGGGUGGGUCAAGCUGUUCAACAUCUCGUUCCUCGUCGGAUUAGGGGCAGGCUUUGUCGCCUUUCUGGCCAUUUGCGCCAUUUCGCCCCCACCUCACUACAAGGAAGGCGAUUCAUUCCUCGACGACGACUUCGUGAUGACAACGUCACAGUAG